AUGUCGUCAGAGAAAUAUUUGAGAUCUGUAUUGUCUCAAUUGGUUCUAUCUAUAUCGGCAGAGAAAGUUAAUGUUUCCUCUGAAAUAAGCUCUUAUUUAAAGCCAGUGACAAAUUCCAUACUUUAUAUACUCAAAGGUGAUUCUUCAAAAUUAAUCCAUGAAGAAGAUUAUCAUUCAUUGCUAUUUACUGAUAGUUCGAAAAAGAUUUUAGAAAAAUUCCCUAGCAAUGACUUAGAUAUUGUUUUGAAUGAAUUUCUUAGUGAAGUCAUAAAUAAUUUUAAUCUAAAGUUUCAAGAAGAAACCAUCAGCAACCUCCAUUUGCAACUAAUUGCUAUUGCAUUAUUGCAAACAUUUAUACAAUUAAACUUCACAGGGCCUGGUAUCGAGUUUAACUCACAACAAGUAUUUUUUCCAGGUGUUGAUGAAAAGCUAUUGCAAAUGGAAGCAAUUAAGUUGAUUAACAUAGAGGGUCAACAAGCCUACGAUUUGAUGGUAGAUCCGUUAUUCUUUAUUAUUUCAUGCUUAUUAUUCGAAAAGUUGAUGCUUGUUGAUUCCAGCUUAUCUUUGGUAAAUAAAUCUACGUUGGCUCCACUUGAAAAAAUCAUAGAGGCCACAGGUAAUGUAUCUAAUGCAAGCCCAGAAGAUCCAGUAAAGGCGUCGCUUCAGUGGUGGAGGGCUAGAGCACUUCAAGUUCAUUUAUCUUUAAUUUCAGAACCAGCAAGUGUCUUGUCAAGUGUUUCAUCAUUGUUAUUAAAUCCGUCUGUUCCUAAUGCAUUAGCACCGGCGAUGGACGAUAACUUAGAAUUAAGAAAACAUAUUCAAUUAGUAUACUUCUUAGAAUGCGCAAGAAGUGGGAUACAUAGUAACACUGAACAUCUUUCGAUACCUUUAUUGGGAAAGGCCCGCAAGCUUUCAGAAUUAAACUUCGUCAUAUCCGGUGCUAAGGCAAAAAGAACCAAGUUCCAAACUUUUCAUACAUCUGCUUUAAUCAUUUUGGCUAAAAGUAAACCCUCAAGUUUAUUUGAUAAUGCAAAUGAUAAUCCAGAGACUUUUGGUUUGGAAUCAGAUUUGUUAUUAGAGAAACCGCAAUUCGAGUCGUUAGAUGACCUUGAACUUCAAGAUGAACCUGAUUCUAAAAGGAUUAAAUUUGAUGAAAUUUCUACUAUAAAUGCAGAAGAAAAUGACGAGGAAAAAUUGUUACCUAUUGUGAUGAGACAGGAUGACAUUCCUGAAGAAUUAAGACUCUUGAACCCAAACGACCAACCUGUUUUGAAUGAUUUGGAUAGUGUUCAAUUAUUGUUAAGGUUAACCACUCUUAGACAGACAACGCCAUCCAAUAACUCGUUAGUUGAGGAAGAGCUAUUAGCAUUAGCCGGAAGAAUUCUUUAUGCUUCAUCGAAAAGUGUUAACUGGAGUGUAUUUUCAAGAGCUUUAUGGGAAAGGUCGAUCCUUGAGACUAAUAAUUCCAGAACCAUUGAAAGAGGUAUAUUACAAAUGACAUCAUUAGUAGAAGAAAUUGGCAUUAAAGUCAAAACCAGGAUUAUUCCACAAGCCAUGGAAGAAGGUGUGGACGAUAGUGGUUCUGCUGCUGCGUCUAGAUUAAGAUUUAUACAUCAAUUACCUUUAAUGCCACAAUGGGCAAUGGAUAUGAGGUUAGCAGAGAAGUAUAUGUCUAUUGGUGUUCUUAGAUCUGCAGUUGAAAUUUAUGAAAGAUUGCAAUUAUCUUGUGAAACUGCGUUAUGUUAUGCAGCCGUUGAUGAUGAGAAAGAAGCGGAAAGGAUAAUAUUGGAAAGAAUUAAGUCUCAUCCGGAAGACGCAAGAGCUGUUUCAAUUUUAGGAGAUAUAAGACAAGAUCCAAGCUUAUGGGCAAAGGCUUGGGAAAUUGGAAAGUAUUCGAAAGCUAAAGCUUCUUUAUCACGUUAUUACUAUAAUCCGCCGCAAGGUUCAGGGCUCACUAAGGAUCUCGAGCAAGCUAUUAAGCAUAUGAACGAGUGUUUGACAGUGAAUCCAUUGAACUACGAGCAUUGGUUCUUUUAUGGGUGUUGUGGUUUAGAAGCACAGCAAUAUGAAGUGGCUGCUGAGGCUUUCACCAGAUGCGUAGGUUUGGAUGAAACAAAUUCUCAUGCUUGGUCUAAUCUUGCUAGUGCUUUGUUAAGAACAGACAAAACUAGACCAGCUUUAAAUGCCUUGAAGAAAGCAAUUAGAUGUGCCGGUGAAUCUAACAAGUCUUGGAGAAUUUAUGAAAAUUAUUUAAUUGUCGCAGCAAAAUUGAAUGAAUGGAAUGAUGUAUUAAUUGCUGCUAGGGAAUUAAUAAAUAUCAGAGGUAAAUCCGACGGUGAAGUUUCAAUUGAUAUUCCAGUAAUAGAAAAGUUGGUAGAGAUAUUGGUGGCCACAGAAUAUCCAUCUACUGACGAAGUAAGAUUUACCUAUUACCAGAAGUCUUGUAUCGACCUUGUUUGCAAUAUAUUACCUACUGUAAUCACCAAAUCUGCCAGAUGUUGGAGAAUUGUUGCAAGAGUUGAAUUAUGGAGACAAAAACCUUGGGCUGCUCUUGAAUGCCAUGAAAAGGCUUACAGGGCCUUAAGUCAAAGACCAGAAUUGGAAACUGACGAGUCUGCCUGGAAUGAAGCCAUUGAUUCAUGUUCUGAUUUAGUUGCUGCAUACGAAUCUCUUGGUGAGCUACCAGGAAAGCAUGGGGCUGGUGAUGUGGUAUGCAAAGACUGGAAAUAUAAAGCAAAAACAACGGUGAGAUCUUUGAUGUCUAAAGGGAAGGCUAUGUGGGAAGAUUCUGAGGGAUGGUACAGAUUACAAGAUAUGAAAGAGGAGUUGUUGAAUAACUAA